UUUCGUCCCUUACCUUCGAUUAGCGUUCGACGGCGCUAUAAGCAGUAUAGAACGCGUUGGAGUGUGCCGGAAGAUAGAGAAAAAAAAUUCUCCCUCGCACAUACACACGAAAUAACGUCGCGUUCUCAUAGCCAUUUUAUCCAAAGCCCGCGCGCGUCAGACCUAUCGUGCGCGCAUUUCGAGCCGAAGUAGUAAUUUAUCUAUUAUUACCAUUCUUAUUGCAAGUUCAGUGUAACCGGACGAAACGGAAAAGGGUAAUAACCGAGACAAAACAAUCGAAUGGGAAAAAUUCUGUGAACAAGGAUAGUGGCCUUGAGGGGGGAUAUGCCAUUUAGCAUUUUGAUUUCGCAAAUGGACGCUCUGAUACUUUCAACGGUUUCCCAUUGAUCGUACACCGAUCAACAUCGGGAUUUCGUAAUUAUUUUAACCUCAGGACACUUAAAGAAGCACAAGAUUGAACUUUUGCAAAAUGAGUGCUGUAGCGAACGGCUCUGGCGAUGCCGGCCCCAAGAAAAAAACCAUCGAGGGGAUAUAUCAGAAAAAAUCGCAGCUUGAACACAUUUUACUUCGACCGGAUUCUUACAUCGGAUCCGUUGAGUUUGCUUGCGAACUCAUGUGGGUCUAUGAUGCAGAGAAAGAAAUGAUGGUUCAGCGGGAAAUUAAAUAUGUCCCGGGUCUCUACAAAAUAUUUGAUGAAAUAUUAGUCAAUGCCGCUGACAAUAAACAGCGCGAUGAUAAAAUGGACUGUAUAAAAAUAGACAUUGAUGCUGAAAACAACACGAUAUCUGUGUGGAAUAACGGCAAAGGUAUUCCUGUGGUUAUGCACAAAGAAGAAAAAAUGUUUGUUCCCACAAUGAUUUUUGGACACUUGCUCACAUCGUCAAAUUAUGAUGACGAGGAAGAAAAAGUUACCGGUGGCAGAAACGGCUAUGGUGCCAAACUUUGCAAUAUUUUUAGUCAUCGGUUCACAGUAGAGACUGCAUCUCGGGAGUACAAAAAGAGCUUGAAACAAACUUGGGGUAACAACAUGGGCAAAGCAAGCGAGCCCAGGGUCAAAGAAUUUUUUGGUGAAGAUUUUACAAAAGUGACCUUUUCGCCGGAUCUAGCAAAAUUCAAAAUGGAAAAACUCGAUGACGAUAUCGUUGCUUUAAUGUCGAGACGGGCCUAUGACGUAGCUGCAUCCACAAGGGGUGUCAAAGUUUACUUGAACGGUUCGAAAGUCUGUAUCAAAAAUUUCAAGGAUUACGUUGAUCUUUAUGUAAAAGGAAAGGAAGACGAUAUUGGCAAUCCAUUAAAAGUCGCUUACGAAUGCUGUAAUCCACGUUGGGAAAUCGCUGUUACCAUCUCGGACAAAGGCUUCCAACAGAUGUCUUUCGUCAACAGUAUUGCUACUACAAAGGGUGGACGCCACGUCGAACAUGUCACGGAUUUAAUAGUGAAAAAUCUCACAGAAACAUUAAAGAAAAAGAACAAAGGCGGAGUCACGAUAAAGCCAUUCCAAAUAAAAAAUCACUUAUGGGUGUUUGUAAAUUGUUUGAUAAAUAAUCCAACUUUUGACUCGCAGACAAAAGAGAACAUGACGCUCCAAGCCAAGAGCUUUGGAUCCAAAUGUAACAUCACUGAGAAAUUCAUAACGACUGUGACGAAAAUCGGUAUAGUCGAGGCGGUGUUGUCGUGGGCGAAAUUCAAAGCGGACAUCCAGUUACAGAAAUUGGGACCAAAAUCGAAAAAACGUAAACUUCAAGGUAUUGCAAAACUCGAAGAUGCCAAUGAUGCAGGAACGGCAAAGUCUUUAGACUGCACUCUUAUCCUCACGGAGGGAGAUUCGGCAAAAACUAUGGCCGUUUCUGGUAUCGCUUCAAUCGGCAGAGACAAAUUCGGAAUUUUCCCUUUGAAAGGUAAAAUUUUAAACGUUCGCGAAGCUACGCACAAGCAAAUUCUCGAGAAUGCCGAGAUAAACAACUUGAUAAAGAUUCUUGGCCUCCAAUAUAAGAAAAAAUACGAGACGAGAGAUGAUCUUAAAACACUCCGUUACGGAAAAAUGAUGAUCAUGACAGAUCAGGAUGCGGAUGGUUCCCACAUUAAAGGUCUUCUCAUCAAUUUUAUUCACCACAACUGGCCGUCACUUUUGAAACUCAAUUUUAUCGAAGAAUUCAUUACUCCGAUUGUCAAAGCUACAAAGGGUAACCACGUUUUGUCCUUUUUCUCGUUACCGGAGUUUGAGAUGUGGAAGAAAGAAACGGAAAAUUUUCAUACGUACCGAAUCAAAUACUACAAAGGUUUGGGUACGUCCAGUGCGAAUGAGGCUAAAGAAUACUUCGACAAUAUGGCUCGUCACAGAAUUCGUUUUACAUACGGAGGCGAUGAAGACGACCAAAAUAUAAUAAUGGCGUUUAGUAAAAAAUGUGUGGAUCAGCGUAAAGAUUGGUUGACAAAUCACAUGGAUGAAACAAAGAGAAGAAAAGAGAUUGGACUGGGAGAAAAAUAUCUGUAUCAGAAAGACACAAAAGCGGUCAGUUAUUCGGAUUUCAUAAACGUGGAACUCGUUUUGUUCAGUAAUUACGACAACGUUCGCUCAAUACCGAAUAUGGUCGACGGCUUAAAGCCGGGACAGAGAAAAGUGCUAUUCACGUGUUUAAAACGUAACGACAAAAAAGAGGUGAAAGUUGCACAAUUGGCGGGCGCAGUUGGUGAACUUGCGGCCUAUCAUCACGGCGAAGUUUCACUUAUGGCUACCAUUAUUAACUUGGCUCAAAAUUUCGUUGGUAGCAAUAACAUCAAUCUUCUUCAACCAAACGGUCAAUUUGGUACGAGGCUCACGGGUGGAAAAGACGCCGCGAGUCCUCGUUACAUUUUCACUCAGCUCAGUCCACUCACAAGAUUCAUCUUCCACAAAUACGACGACGCUAUACUAAAAUACGAGUAUGAUGACAAUCAGAAAAUCGAGCCAGUCCACUAUAUGCCCAUAAUACCGAUGGUACUUGUAAAUGGCGCUGAUGGAAUCGGUACCGGUUGGAUGACGAAAAUCCCUAAUUACAAUCCUCGCGAAAUUAUUGAGAACCUAUAUCGUAUGCUCGACGGUGGCGAACCGAAGCCAAUGGUGCCUUUCUAUAAAAAUUUCAAAGGAACGAUAGAGAGCUGCGGUGACUAUAGAUAUGUGUAUAGUGGCGAAAUAUCGAUUAUCGGGCCGGACAAAGUCGAAAUCACUGAAUUGCCAGUUGGCACAUGGACACAAACGUACAAAGAAACCGUUCUCGAGCCUAUGCUCCAUGGAACUGAAAAAACACCGUCCAUAAUCACUGACUACAAGGAAUAUAAUACCGAUACGAUCGUGCACUUUGUCGUUACGAUGAGUCGUGAGAAGCUCCUGGAACUCGAGAGAGAUGGUCUCCACAAAGCUUUCAAACUCCAAACAACAACUUCGAUAACUUCAAUGUGCGCUUUUGACGAGAAUUUGUGUCUGAAAAAAUACGACAACGUAUCACAGAUAUUGAGAAGUUUUUAUGCCGCAAGACUGAAUGGAUAUCAAAGGAGAAAAGAAUAUCUCGAGGGUAUAUUGCAAGCCGAAGCGGCAAAAUUAUCCAAUCAAGCGCGAUUUAUUUGCGAAAAAUGUGACGGUGAUCUUGUAAUCGAGAACAAAAAGAAAAAGGAUAUGAUAGCUGAGCUCGUACGUAGAGAGUAUCAAUCAGACCCUGUUGUUGCUUGGAAAUUAAGCCAAAAUAGGGAAGAAACACUGGAGGAUUGCCGAGAGGAAGCAGCCACUAAUGCCGAAGAUGAAGCGACGAGUGCAAGAGAAAUCGAAAAGGAAAAUUUCGACUAUUUGCUGGGCAUGACUAUGUGGAGUUUGACCAAAGAGAGGAAGGAUGAGUUGAUGAAACAGCGUGACGAAAAAAUGAAAGAGGUCCAACGUCUACAGGCGAGGACCCCUGCGUCCCUCUGGAAAGAAGAUUUGGAUAAUCUUUUGGCCGAAUUAAACAAGGUCGAGGAGAAGGAACUCAAGAGCAUGACGCAGUUGAAGAAAACAGUAAAGAAACCCUCUGCUAAAAUCUACACAGAUGAGCAGCGCCGCAUUGUUCCAACUAUCGACGACGAAAUGAAGAAAAAAGUUGAGAAAGCGGAUACCGUUUUCAAAGACAAGAAGGACGGCAUUAAAAAGCCACCGAGAGUUCUCAAGAAAGACAUGAAGAAAGAGCCCAAAGAGGAGAAGGAUGAAUUCGAUGCUCUUAUCGAAUCUUCAAAGCCCCUCGAUGACAGACUUGGAAAUUCUCCUGACAAAAUUGAGAAAAAAACCAAAAAAACUAGUGGCAAACAAACGACUUUGCCGUUCAAACCAGUCAAAAAAGGAAGUAAAGGCAACAAGGAUACUGAUUAUUCCGAUGAUGAUGACGAAAUUAACUUCGAUACUCUUUCUCCUCCUCGUCCUCCACGAGCUCCACGACGAGCUGCUGCCGCAACGAAAAAGUAUAAUCUCAGCAGCGAUGAAAACCAGUCAGACAGUGACGAGCCAGUUCUACAUCCGAACAACGAUUUAACGCCUAAAGAAAAAUCACCAGUUCUAUUGGACAGCGAUUCUGAUGAGGAAAUGGAAGUUGAUAAGAAAACCCCGCCAUCGAAACACCGUUCUGAAGAACUAUUUGAUUCGCUGGUAGCAAGUUCACCGCCAGCUCGCAAUAAAUCAAUUAAUUCAUCCAACGAAGAUUCACCAGUCAAACCACCGCCCAAAAAAGCCACAGCUCGUUCGAAAACAGAAGCAAAGCGUACUGGUCCAGGAAUGAAAAGAUUAUUGAAAAAAUCUGGUCAAUCUUCGGGUUCCGAUUCCGAAGACAUGUUUACGAAUAAAAAGCUUGCACCUUCAAAGAAGAAGGCGAGAAGAUCGGAGUCAAACGACGACAGUGUAGUUGAAAGUUCGCCGGUAGUAAGAAAGCCGACAGCUCGUUCACGAAAGCUGAUCUCAUACGCGGUGGAUUCGGACGAUUCGGAAUAAUUCGAAAUAAUGAACUAACCGUUCAGUUUGAAUUGAGCGUCCGAACAAAACGUUUGUUGAAGAAGCCAAGGGUCAUCGCAGAAGCUUGUCGUUGUGCUUUGCGACAAAGGAAUCAUUUUAAAAGUAUAUUUUUUUCACAAACUGAGUAAAAGGAUGAAAGAAAAAAAGUCCUUUAAAGAGGAAUAGAAACGAAAAGACCAGAGGGAUGAAGAGAAGCGUCCUAACAAUAGCGGCGGGACGAUUCAUUCAAGCGAUCCCUCUUUUUUCAUAAUUUAUAUAAAUUACACGAAAACAGGAUAAGUUGUAAUAUUUACUUGUAAUCGUAUUAACUUCCCAACGUAAAAAGAAAGAAGGAAAACAAUUUGCAGCUCGUGUUUUAGGGCUCUGCGAGUACGAAGACGAACGCAAAAACACAUGCGUGAUAUUUGUACAAUAAUUACCAUACGAAUUCGCCGAUAAAAUAGAACUAGUAACGUUUAGAUUUUUCCUCGAUACGUUAGAGUACUUACCAGUGUUAUUAUAACGAUGAGAUUGAGAUGAAAAACAAGAAAUGAGACAGCAAAUAUACGAAUAUUAAGUAGAAUUGCAUCAAUCGAACGUGAUUGUCUCGAGCGCGAAUGUGAUGUAUAAAUAUAAAACGAGAUUCGAGAUACAUAUCUGGAUAUUUGUUGAGAUAAAGAAAAAACAACGUACACGUCAAUUAUCUAAGAAUCUCAAGAAUAAAGCUCGAUGUUUCCCACAUUGUUUGUCGUCUCGAAAUCGAGUCUGUGAAUUCAAAAAUGGAUCGAUAAUAAACAUUUCCAGUAUACUUGAA